GGCUAAGUGGCGCCUGUCCAUGUCCAAAUAUAGCGGACACUGUUGUUUGGAUCAAUCGUAGAUCCACACGUUAUUGAGGGCAAGGACAAGCGCAAGAUUUUAGUCCAUCUUUCCAAGAAGUUAGACAGGAGGCCUCCAUAGGAGUUCUGUAGGCAAAGUUUCCAACCCAGCAGCUCCUGGGAGUGGAAACAGCCCUUUCAAUCAGGGCAAUCCUGGGACUCGUCAAGAGGCUUGUGAUCCUUCUCUUCCAGUCAGGAUCGUCCCCAGGAUCGCCAGAAUACUGGAGCCAGAGGCGAAUUCCAGUCCAAGCGUCCCUUCAGGGGAUUUGGCAGCCGACUUUACAGACGGUCUAAGUGAUGCCAGGGAGGGCUCUCCCAUCGGGGGGCAUCUGAAGAGGUUCAGCGACGUCUGGGAGCUGACCACCUCCGACGCUUGGGUAGUAGAAACCAUUGGUAUUAUCACAUCCCCCUGAAAUGCUCAGAGGAACAAGUUAGCUCAGAAGUUGCACAACAACCAAUGUCUGAGAUCCCAUGUCUUGGUGAUUUUGGAGAUCCUCACAAUGACAUUACCUUUGGGGGUCGAAGAAAGUGGAUCAAAGAUACUGACUCAGAAUAUGUAAAACUGGCAAAGCAAGGAGGUCAACCAGAUUUACUGAGACAUUUUACUCCUACUCCACGAAAAGUAUCCCUGGGGCCUUAUGGUGCACUUGAAUGGUACUCACAUCAUAGCAAACAAGCUGCAACUGAUGAUUCUAAACCUCAUGUUCCAGCAAUGCCAGACUACAUGAUUCAUGAAGAAUUUAAGGCUGAUCAACCAGCCAGCUAUGAACCUAAAAUGGGUCCUUUUGAUUUUGAUAUGAAAAGUGUUUGGCAAAGGGAUGCUGAAGACAAAGAGAACAAAGAGAAAAGAGAGGAAAAUAGCGUACAGGUUGAGGGCUCUCCAAGCAGUGUGAAAGAAGAGAUAAAACUUCCUGCUAUUACACCAAGAUACCCACACAGAACUCAGCAAGCUGUCAUCUCUAAAGAAUUCCAUGGAGGAAACCGACUUUAUUUUCCUCCAAUGCCUGCUCAUAAAAAAAAUGAACCUAUAAACUUCAGCAAACUGAUUAGCAGUGGUUAUGGUGAUGAAUGGCUUCAGCAACGUGAUCAGUGGGAGAAAAAAAAUACCGAACCUAAUGAUUCUCUCCUUCCUCCAAGUGAGUAUCAGAAGAAAAUAGAAAAGAGGCAGAAAGCUAGGAAACAUACAUUGUCAUACAAAAGAAAAUCUAAAUCUCAAUCUGGACUUGAAAUGGGUGCCCAGCCUAAGAAGUCACUCUUCAAGCUCAGAAUAUUCAGAAACAUCCCAGCCAGAAUUGACACAAACAGAAAUUGAGUAAAAGCUGGUACUUCACAGAAUUGUCACAAUUCUGUUGCUACUUCCAAACAGCACUGUAUGCAGGAAACUAUUAUACAGCUUAGGAAGCAGGCUCCAAUAGUAAUCUACUAACCAACUAUAAUAGGCUUCUAUGGUUAUCUCAUAAACCAACUAUUACUAAGACUCACCUAGUCUCUUCUAAAGCCACACCUGUUGCUUGAGAGCUGAUGAGUAUCCCUACAGUCAUAAGACACUGUUAAUAUAAGCUAUACUUUGAAUUGAACUACUGAAAAUAGUAUAGGGGAAUACAAGAAUGAGACCAGCUUGAACUUUACACUGCUGACUUUUUAUUUUUGUAUCUUUUUCCAAGUAAAAGCUAGUUAUUUUCAUUUUCUAUGUAAUAAAUUGAAUGUUGGUAGAUACUGACACUGAAAUUAUUUUUCAGAAUAUUGGAUUGUAUUGAUAGUUUUAAACACCAUUUGUAUUUUGUUCUGCUUUAUUCUUUACAUAUAAACUUAUACAAAUACUUGGAUUCUAUUUGAAUAAACAUCAUUAGAAAUUGGAAA